UUUGCUAAUGUCCUUAUGUUAAUCACCACCCUCCAUAAGCCUAGCUUGUACCAGCACAUGUAUAGGUAACUUAAUGUCCGCAUUGUGGUGGACAUUGGCCCGGAAACCACAAGCAUGCCCCAGAUCCUGGAUCUAUGGCUUGAUGCAAAGGCCAUCUGCUUCCCUGAGUGUUUCGCUCAGAUCUAUGCCAUCCACUCUUUCAUGUGCAUGGAGUCGGGCAUCUUCCUGUGUACAGUAGUGGAUAGAUACAGAGUCAUUUUUAACUCUCUUCAGUACCCUUCCAUAGUCACUGGAUUCAUCAUCAAAGCCACCCUGUCUAUGGUGCUCAGUGGUCUGCUGACCAUCCUAGUUCCUGCCCUGGCUACCCAAAAGCAAUACUGCUUCGACAAGGAAACUGACCACAGCUUGGGCUCUAACUUUGGGGUCAUUAGACAGGCCUGUGAUGAUAUUACUCUUAACAGGUUUUAUCAGUUAGGCAUGGUCUGGCUUGUGCUUGGGAGGGACAUGGUUCUGGUCUUUGUUUUCUAUGCUUUGAAUAUUCACUCAGUGCUAAGGCUGAACGCUGAUGAAGCAACAUCUAAGGGCUCGAGUACCUGCAGCUCCCACCUCAUCCUCAUUCUCUUCUGCUACAGAGAUGUUUUUGAGGCAUCUGUCACCCAGCUAGCAGGAGAAAAGGUUUCCCUUAUUCCUGUUCUCCUCCACAUGCUACAUGUUGCCAAACAGCCAUUACUUAACCCCCCAGUGUGUGCUCAUAGGACACAGGAGCUCAUUCCAGAGUGUGCUUAG